CUCCCUAACCUGCCACAGCUCCUUCUGUUUUUUUUUUUGAGGGGAACCUGUGUACGUACGGACUUGUCCUUAAACGAAUAAACUUGCAUGAGACGAAGAAGAAGACGAAGAAGAGAUUUACUUGCAAGAGAGGAAAUAAACAUUUGUUCUCGGCUUCUUUGCGUGCAGGCAGCGACACUUGAGCGGUGCUGACGUGAACCCGUUAGCGGUGAGACACGAAUAGAUCCAGUAUCCACCACGACCCCCGGUCGACUGGCCGGGAUAGGACCUCGUGUUCCUCUGGGCUGCCACUGGACUCCCUUUUCCCCCUCUCUCUCUCUCUCUCUCUCUCUCUCUCUUAUUUUACUCUCCGGGCUGGUUCUACCUUAACGCUUGUAUUUUGUUAAUCACAUGAAGUGGAAUUUGCGCUUGCUGCAAAGUGGAGACAGGACUAAACGUUUAGCGGGUUCAGGGAAGGAGAGAAAUGCAAACGGCGGCGACAAAGAGGAGAUUCAGUGUUAGUCUUUGAUCCUGUCAGAGUGGGACGUGUCUAGCAGGGGACCGAGGAGGGAGCAGUGCCAACUUGGAACAUGGUGCCUAAUAUUCACCUGGCAGUGCCCCUCCUGCCCAGAGGGGCGUUGCUGUUCCUGCUUCUACUCAGCUGCAUGGUGUGCUCCUCUCUAGCAGACAGCGUGCCAAGUUUUGUCAAAUCCCCAGAGGAUCAGACGGGCAUCUCAGGUGGAGUUGCGUCGUUUGUGUGCCAGGCCACCGGGGAGCCAAAACCAAGAAUCACCUGGAUGAAGAAAGGCAAGAAAGUCAGCUCCCAGCGCUUUGAGGUGAUUGAGUUUGACGAUGGCUCAGGCUCAGUAUUGCGGAUCCAGCCACUGCGCACACACAGAGACGAAGCCAUUUACGAGUGCACGGCCACCAACAGUGCUGGCGAGAUCAACACCAGUGCCAAGCUCACAGUGCUUGAAGAGAACCAGAUCCCCCAUGGCUUCCCCACGAUCGAUAUGGGUCCUCAGCUGAAGGUGGUUGAAAGGACCAGAACGGCCACCAUGCUGUGUGCCGCCAGUGGAAACCCGGACCCGGAGAUCUCCUGGUUCAAGGACAUGCUUCCCGUGGAUAUCAGCAGCAGCAACGGCCGCAUAAAACAGCUUCGCUCAGGAGCUCUGCAAAUUGAGAACAGCGAGGAGUCCGACCAAGGGAAAUAUGAAUGUGUUGCCAUGAACAGCGCCGGGACCCGUUACUCCGCUCCUGCCAAUCUCUACGUACGAGUGCGACGAGUCCCGCCCAGAUUCUCCAUUCCACCCACCAACCAAGAGGUGAUGCCAGGGGGCAGUGUCAACCUCACAUGUGUGGCAGUGGGCUCGCCGAUGCCCUACGUCAAGUGGACCGUGGGACUGGUGGAUCUCACCAAGGAGGAAGAGAUGCCACUCGGGCGGAACGUGUUGGAGGUCACCAACAUCCGGGAGUCAGCUAACUACACCUGCGUGGCCAUCUCCUCUCUGGGCAUGAUAGAAGCUACGGCUCAGGUCACAGUGAAAGCCUUGCCAAAGCCUCCCACCUCCCUGAUUGUGACCGAGACGACAGCCACCAGCGUGACUCUCACCUGGGACUCUGGAAACCCUGAGCCUGUGUCCUACUACAUGAUCCAGUACAGAGCCAAGUCCUCAGACAACGGCUUCCAGGAGGUGGAAGGUGUGGCAACCACCCGCUACAGCAUCGGUGGACUUAGCCCCUACUCUGAGUAUGAAUUCCGUGUCAUGGCUGUCAACAAUAUUGGCCGAGGGCCGCCAAGCGACCCCGUGGAGACGCGCACUGGUGAACAGGCCCCCUCCUCACCGCCUCUGCAUGUCCAAGCGCGCAUGCUGAGUGCCAGCACAAUGCUGGUCCAAUGGGAGCCGCCCGAGGAACCCAACGGGCAAAUCAGGGGCUACCGGGUCUACUACAGCUCGGACCUGACAGCUCCGCUCAGCGCCUGGCAGAAACACAACACAGACGACAGCAGCCUAACCACCAUCUCAAGUCUGACUCCUGAUAUCACCUACAGCCUCAGGGUGCUGGGCUUCACCUCUGUAGGUGAUGGGCCACCUUCUGACAUCCUGCAGGUCAAAACCCAGCAGGGAGUCCCUGCACAGCCGUCCAGCUUUGAGGCCGAAGCUGAGUUGGAUAGCCGCAUCAUGCUAACAUGGCUGUGGCCCGUACAGGACCCCAUCACUAAGUAUGAGCUGCAGUACUGGGAGGCUGGCUCAGACAACAAGAUACAUGUGACCUUCAACCCAGCCGGCUCGUACGCUGUGGUUGGUCUAAAGCCAGACACCUUGUACCGCUUCUCUCUGGCUGCCCGUUCUGAGAUGGGUUUAGGUGUCUACACACAGCCCAUUGAGGCUCGCACAGCACAGUCCACCCCAUCUGCCCCACCUCAGGAUGUGCAAUUGGUCAGCCUGAGCUCCACCAGCCUCAAGGUGAGUUGGGUGGCACCGCCCGCUGCGAGCCGCCACGGCGCUAUUGUGCGCUACACAGUCAGCUACCAGGCCCUGUCUGGAGAGGACACUGAGCGGCAUGAGGGGCCGGGCAUCGGCGCAGACGCCACCAGCUAUGUGCUGGAGGGCCUAGAGAAGUGGACUGAGUAUCAGGUGUGGGUGAGGGCACACACUGACGUGGGUCCGGGCCCUGAGAGUGCCCCGGUGAGGAUGAAAACCAAAGAGGAUGUGCCAGGAGCUCCCCCCAGGAAACUUGAGGUGGAGGCUGUAAACUCCACGGCAAUCCGGGUCACCUGGAAGCCGCCCCUGCAGGGGAAGCAGCACGGCCAAAUCCGAGGCUACCAAGUCAUCUUCUCUCGGCUUGAAAACGGCGAACCGAGAGGCCAGCCAAACAUCAUGGACGUUGCUUUGCCGGAGGCGCAGUGGAAUAUUGAGGAGUCCACCGAGCAUGAGGCCAUCAUUGGCGGACUGCAUUCUGAAACCACCUACUCUGUCACUGUGGCAGCGUACACCACCAAGGGUGACGGAGCUAGAAGCAAGGCUAAAGUCAUCACCACCACUGGAGCAGUCCCAGGAAAGCCGACCAUGAUGAUCAGCACCACCAUGGGAAACACAGCGCUGAUCCAGUGGCAGCCACCAAAGGAAAUGGUAGGCGAGCUGAUGGGCUACCAGCUGCAGUACAAGCGCACUGACGAGGAGACCUUCAUCUCACGUGAGCUGAAAAAGACCGAUGACCAUUACACGGCCACCGGGCUGCACAAAGGCGCCACCUAUGUGUUCCGUCUCAGCGCUCGUAACCGCGCCGGCAUCGGCGAGGCCUACGUGAAGGAGAUCAGCACCCCCGAGGACGUGCCUUCAGGCUUCCCAUUCAACCUGCAGGUCACGGGACUCACCCAGUCCAGCACCCAGCUGACCUGGGAGCCCCCGCUGAUGGCCGAAAGGAACGGCAAGAUCGUUCACUACAUGGUUGUGUACAGAGACAUCAACAGUCAACAAAACAGCACCAACCGCACGGCUGACACGCACAUGACAAUCCAGGGCCUUAAUCCUGACACCACCUACGACAUCCGGGUGCAGGCAUACACCAGUAAGGGCGGGGGACCCCUCAGCCCCAGCAUUCAGAGCAGGACCAUGUCCAACGAUUUUCCCACCCUUAACUUCGGUGUCAAAGCUGUGAUGAAAACAUCAGUCCUCCUCACCUGGGAUUUGCCACCAAACUACAAAUCCCAAGUGCCUUUCAAGAUCUUAUACAACCAGCAAAGCGUGGAAGUGCAGGGAAACCUGAAGAGGAAGCUGAUCUCGCAGCUGCAGCCGGACACAGACUACUCCUUUGUGCUGACAAGCAGGGGCAACAUUGCUGGGGGUCUGCAGCAGCAGGUGUCCAUCCGCACUGCCCCCGACCUGAUCAAGACCAAGCCCAGCACACAUCAGGCUCAGGGUGGCAAGAUGACCAUCAACCUGCCUCAGGUUCAGACCACAACACAUGUCAGGUGGUACUACAUCGUGGUGGUGCCGGUGUCCCAGUCAACACGACAGUGGAAGAAUCCAGACGAGAUGGACCUAGACGAGCUGCUCAGGUCAAGUGAAGGCCCUGUUCUGAGGCGAAGGCGCCACCUGGACUCCUCUAAGCCUUACAUAGCUGCCAAGUUGGCCUCCCUGCCGACCACGUUCACCCUGGGUGAUGAAAAGAGGUACAACGGCUUCUACAACAAGCCCCUGACCAGUCCGCAGGAGUAUAAGUGCUUCGUCCUGGCCGUGCUCCGAUCCGAGGGGACAGACAGCGCUGCAAACUAUCUGACUUUUUCAGCCAGUCCUUACUCCGACCCGAUCCAGGGCACAACGAGCAUGGCACAGGGGAUGGAGCAUCCCGAGAUGUUGUGGGUCAUGGGUCCGGUGCUGGCUGUGGUCCUCAUCAUCAUCAUCGUCAUCGCCAUCCUGCUCUUUAAGAAGAAGCGGGCAUCACCUCUACCCAAAGAUGAGCACUCAGGUGGGGUGAAAGACUCCCUGCUGGCCAACUCGUCCGACCCUGUGGAGAUGAGAAGACUCAACUACCAGACUCCAGGUCCCAGCUCUCAUCGCUGCCCCAACACUCCAAGAAUGAGGGAGCACCCACCAAUUCCUGUCGUUGACCUGUCUGACCACAUUGAGCGACUGAAGGCCAACGAUGGCCUCCGCUUCUCCCAGGAGUAUGAGUCCAUUGAUCCUGGCCAGCAGUUCACCUGGGAGAAUUCCAACAUGGAGGUCAACAAGCCAAAGAAUCGCUAUGCAAAUGUCAUUGCCUAUGACCACUCCAGAGUGGUGCUCACCUCUGUGGACGCGGUUCCAGGCAGCGAUUACAUCAAUUCUAACUACAUUGACGGCUACAGAAAGCAGAAUGCCUACAUCGCCACUCAGGGGCCGCUGCCAGAGACUCUGAGCGACUUCUGGAGGAUGGUGUGGGAGCAAAGAUCCAACACCAUUGUCAUGAUGACCCGGCUGGAGGAGAAGUCACGGGUGAAGUGUGACCAGUACUGGCCAGCGCGAGGAACAGAGACCUACGGGAUGAUCCAGGUCACCAUGCUGGACACCGUGGAGUUGGCUACUUACAGCGUCCGAACUUUUGCCCUCUACAAGAACGGCUCCAGUGAGAAAAGAGAGGUGAGACAGUUCCAGUUCAUGGCCUGGCCAGACCACGGCGUGCCAGAGUACCCCACCCCCAUCCUGGCCUUCCUCCGGCGAGUAAAGGCAUGCAACCCUCCGGAUGCAGGACCCAUGGUGGUUCACUGCAGCGCGGGCGUGGGCAGGACUGGCUGCUUCAUUGUGAUCGAUGCCAUGCUGGAGCGCAUGAAGCACGAGAAGUCUGUAGACAUCUACGGUCACGUGACAUGCAUGCGUGCCCAGAGGAACUACAUGGUCCAGACUGAGGACCAGUACAUCUUCAUCCACGAAGCCCUGCUGGAGGCAGCCACCUGCGGCAACACUGAGGUGCCGGCACGUAAUCUCUACGCCCACAUCCAGAAGCUCACCCAGCCCCCGCCCGGCGAGACGGUUACUGCCAUGGAGCUCGAGUUCAAGAGACUGGCAAACUCCAAAGCCCACACGUCACGCUUCAUCAGCGCCAACUUGCCCUGCAACAAGUUCAAGAACCGCCUGGUCAACAUCAUGCCUUUCGAGUCCACCCGCGUCUGCCUGCAGCCCAUCCGCGGCGUCGAGGGCUCCGACUACAUCAACGCCAGCUGCAUUGACGGCUACAGACAGCAGAAGGCCUACCUGGCCACGCAGGGCCCGCUGGCCGAGACCACUGAGGACUUCUGGAGGAUGCUGUGGGAGCACAACUCCACCAUCGUCGUCAUGCUCACUAAGCUACGGGAGAUGGGACGGGAGAAGUGCCAUCAAUACUGGCCGGCAGAGCGUUCAGCCAGGUACCAGUACUUUGUGGUGGAUCCGAUGGCGGAGUACAACAUGCCACAGUACAUCCUCAGAGAGUUCAAAGUCACAGACGCCAGGGAUGGCCAGUCCAGAACAAUCCGCCAAUUCCAGUUCAAUGACUGGCCCGAACAAGGAGUGCCAAAAACUGGAGAGGGCUUCAUCGACUUCAUCGGACAAGUGCACAAAACCAAGGAACAGUUCGGACAGGACGGACCAAUCACUGUACACUGCAGCGCCGGGGUGGGCAGGACCGGAGUCUUCAUCACUCUCAGCAUCGUGCUGGAGAGGAUGAGGUACGAAGGAGUGGUCGACCUCUUCCAGACAGUGAAGACACUUCGCACCCAGCGGCCGGCCAUGGUGCAGACCGAGGACCAGUACCAGCUGUGCUACAGGGCCGCGCUGGAGUACCUGGGGAGCUUUGACCACUAUGCAACAUAACCACUCCUACCGAGCAGCCUCCCUGGUCAAACCUCUCAGGAGUGUGCCAAGUGUCCCAUCUCAGCCACCAUCCACUCACUUGACCCGCUUAAAAAAAAAAAACGCCCCUCACAGCCAACAAGAGGGGAGGAGAAAGGGAUACGCCUGCGGACCCUGCAACGGGUUCAACCAAUCACAGAGAUCCACACUGAUUUAACCAACCACGAGAUUUUUGCUUUAAAAAAUAAUAACAGAAACAUUACAAUGACUAUGACAAACAUGACAAUUCUUGUACAGAUGCGACGGAGCAGAGUGGCAGCUCGCCUCUCUGCUCCGUCAAAGCCAAACCUCCCUGAUUGUCAAAGGCUACUGGUAGCACUAAGAGAGCACUCUCUCUGUUUUUAUGUUAAUGUUAUUGUCAAUAUUAUGAUUCAUUAUGUUAUUGUUUAGUAUAUUUGUUCUUUUUAAUCAUCAUUUUAACAUCAGACAUUUCUUUUGUCUUAAACUGCCCAGCCUAGGGUGUGCAUUAUGUUCAUAAUCGGUACUUUUUUUUAUUUUAGGGUACAUUAGCACAAGGGACAUGUAUUUUAAACACGUUCCUAGAUACUAAUACAGGAGGACCACCGUUCUCUGAGCUGCUUUUACGAUAUUUUCUUUUUGUUUCUUCAUAUUAUGUGUCAUAAACGUUGUUUUUGGUCUUAUUCAGUUCAAUAACCCAAACUUUUAUUUUUUGCCUUUUCACUUGCCAUCUCGACAAAAAAAAAAAAAAUCAACUAUUACAAAUUGAUUUCAGAGCACACACUUGCUAGAGUUUGUCCUUCUGCAAACAUGGUAGCUAGUUAUAAAACAAACGAGUGGAUGAUCCGACAGGAGAGUAAAUCAGAGGUGUACAGAAAUGGAAAGCACAUGAUUUCUACGCGUUUUGUUUCAUCAGAAGCCUAUGGCAUUGAGGCCUUCAUACUCCACAGCGGAGAACUUACCUGAGGAAAACAGACUUUUAUAACCAAGGGUAGUUGACACAAAACAAACUCCCUGAUCUCUGAAUAUUGUUGCUCUUCAAGUCCCUCCCAUCUCCUCGCUGCCCAUUCGCCUGGUGGCUUUUGCCGGAGCUGAACCACGCAGACCUGACGGAGCGGAUGUGGUUCACGCGGUCUGAGGAGUGGAGCCAUUAACGGCACCUGUACAGAAUCAACCAUUCCUACCAGAGGGAGAGAGACUCAGCCCUUUGGACUGAAACCUGAUAUUAUUUUAUACAGAAAUAGAACUAUAAAUAUAUAUAUAAAUAUAUAUAAUUAUGAUUGAUUAUAUAUAUAUGUACAAUUACACAUAGAUAUAUACACAGCUUCAAAGGUAUAUUGUUAAAAAGGAUUAAUUCUGCUGAUCUACCAACCCUAGAGACCGCAGAGAGCCUGCUGUCCUAGAGUGUGUAUUCAUGGAAACACCGUUGUAUCUACUGUACUACCAUAGUAACUUCGACAGUCCGUUUGAACGAGGAAAAAACAGCACAACCCCCCACCCCACCCCACUCAUCAAAACGGACGGCUCCUCGCUCAGUGCGGGGCCAACGCACCACUCAAGCACACGUCUUCUCCCACAAAGAGCCGCAGGAGGGGGAGGGAUCUGAUCCGAGAGGCCUAAACGGUGUGGUGGCGGUGGUGGUGGAGGCGGUCGUGGGAGGGAGGGGGGACUUGAAAAACGCUGGAGAAAAACUAAAAAUGUUCAUUUUUACCUUGUGAAUGCUUAGUGCUGUAGGGGUUCGAUCUGUUGUACACACAGUCUGUUUUCUAUUUGUUAUAAAGAACUGGAAUUUAAAAACAAACUGUUGAUGAAAAAGAAAAAACAUUGAUGUUAAUAAAGUUAAAUAAUUGGGUUUUUGUACAAAU